CCUGGGGCUCAGGCUGGGGAGAUCAUCGGGGGACGGGAAGCCCGGCCUCACGCCAGACCCUACAUGGCCUUUGUGAAAAUAGAGAGAGAAGGAAAGGGAGGAAACAUGUGUGGAGGGUUCCUCACCGGGGAGGACGUGGUGGUGACGGCGGCUCAUUGCAACUGCAACUUUGGGAAUUCCUCCAUGCUGCUGGGGGCCCAACUCAUUGCAACAGAUGAACCAGGGAGGCAGAAUUGGGUACGUCGCCAGAUCCCCCACCCAGAAUACAACGACCUCAUGCUGCUGCAGGUACAGGACAAGGCCGAGCUGACCCAGACUGUGAGCACCAUCCUUCUGUCCCAGAAGAAGGUGAAGAAGGGGGAUGUAUGCAGUGUGGCUGGCUGGGGCCAGAUCAGUAUCAAGACAAACACCCAGCCCUCCCCGACCCUGCAGGAGGUGGAACUGAUGAUCACGGCCAGGUGCAUGUAUCUGUCUCAGCCCUACCUCCAUUAUAUCCCAUCCAGGAUGCUGUGCAUGGGGGAUCCCCAGGAGAGGAAGUCGCCAUUCCUGUCUCAAGGCGAUUCCGGAGGGCCCCUGGUCUGUGAUGGGAAGGCCACAGACAUCGUCUCCCAUGGCAGUAGUGACUGGACAACUUCUAGUGUGUUUACCAGGCUCUACAAAUACAUGUGCUGGGUCAAGAAAACUGUGUGCAAUCUGAACCCUUAG